UCCCUAAAGAGAACAACAUGGUAACUUUUAGAUGCUUUUAUCUGAGAGCUGAGAGGAUGUUGCAGUACACUAUCAUAUAGAUCAGUGGUUCUGAGACCCUCCUCUGCAGAUUCUGUAUGUCUCCUUCACCUGAUGCACUCAGUUGAGUUCAUAGAGCCAUGUUCUGAUGAUGAACUCCUCAUCUCAAUCAGGUGGAUUAAAACACGAGACAUACAGUAUAUGCAGAGAUAUCAAUUACAAUUAUGGAGACUCAGAUUGGCCAUGGCGAGUCAAGCCUUUGAAUAAAGCAUCAGCAGAAUCCACUGAUAAAAAGCCAGCCAGCAGUUUGCGCCUGCAUAAAUCUCCCCAUUGUGCAGCUUCUGUUUCCUCUCCUGAACUGGACAAGGUAAACAGCAAUGGUCCUCAUAAGCAGUCAGGCAAAGCAAGAACAUCAAGGAAUAAAACGAAGCAGUUUCAAUCAAGACUGUUACAGUCAUCCUCAGUCGCAUCCACAUCUGAUGCACCCUCUUCAUCGGCACCCUGUGCUUUGUUCACCUCUAUAAUGGCCUCAUCAACCUCAUGCCCUCCUGCCCUGUCCUCAUCACCGUCAACACCUCCUGCGCCACCCACGUCACCUUCAACCUCGCCUGUGCAGCCCUCAUCGCCUUCUCAUGUGCAGCCCUCAUCACCUUCUCAUGUGCAGACCUCAUCACCUUCUCAUGUGCAGCCCUCAUCAUCCUCAUCCUCGCCUGCGCAGCCCUUAUCACAUUCUCAUGUGCAGCCCUCAUCAUCCUCAUCCUCGCCUGCGCAGCCCUCAUCACCUUCUCAUGCGCAGCCCUCAUCAUCCUCAUCUUCUCCUGCUCCACCCUUAUCUUCACCUUGUGCUGCAUCAACACCUGUGGUUCACUCAUCACAGGCGUCUGAGACCCUCUCAUUAAGGGAGAUAUCCUCUUUAAGGCCAUCAAGAAAAAGACAGAGGCAGGUAGUUUAUCUGAUCAAUGUAUGA